AUGCUUCAGUAUUUGCAUUCAGAUGCGACCCCCCUAUCUGCUGAAGAUAUCCAGGAUAUUAUUAAAGCUAAAAAUUUAACGAAGCGGAGAGGAGCUCACCCACCAAUAGACCCUAAAGAUAUAAAACAACUUUCAGAAGAACCUGAUUCGUAUUAG